AUGAUCAAGCUUGUAUGUCUGUUUGUCCUCGUCGCGGUAGUGGCCUCCAUGCCCAACGGUCCGAUGGCCCCGAUGAGACACAUCGUAAAGCGCGAAGCAGUGGUACCGCAAGCAACGCAGGCGAUGGUCGAAGAGGACGCCUCUGCACAGGAAAGCGCGAGUGAGGCCCAGGACGACAUGGAUAAGGCCGAAACGUUUGGCUUCGGAUACCGUAAAGUCAUUCACGUCGGAGUUCCAUACUACGCGCCCUACCAUUACUAUCCUCGCUACUAUCACGGUUAUCACGGUUACCACGGAUACGGACACUACUGGUAA